AAAGCCAACUGAAAAGCAGUCAUGCACAAAUGAAAUCUUUACAGCCACUGUCCAGGGCUAAGGUUAGGAGAAAUGUGAACAACUUUUAUUUUAUUUUAUUUUAUUUUAUUUUAUUUUAUUUUAUUUAUUUUUUUACAAAGAGCUGCUGCAGGCCUCUAAGAUGUCUCCAUCCCAGCCUGUUGCUGGCAGUCCCUGUCGUGGUAUGCUAUCCCCAGCACACUAAGCUAUCUAUGUAGCCCCCAGAGCCAGAAUUUAAAGAUGACCCAAGGUGAGCGCCACAGCACUGAGGAGGCCCAUCUGCACUCCACUGACUGUGGUGACAGAUGCCGCAUUGCACAACUGCUCCCACAUUCGUAGACUUACACACACAAACAGGUUCCAUCACUAUAGAUUAGUUUCAUGCUAACAAAGGUUAGAGAAUAUUCCUUAUAAGCAGGAGUCUAAGAAGGCGAGAACUCCGAACACUGGAACAGUAUUUGAAGGGCAUAGAGCAAGGCUCGGGGAUUAUGCCAGGCAGAGCAAACGCAAGGCUAAGUACAAUCAAAGAAAGGGUGGGUUGAUGAAGGCCGUGAUGCCCUGCUCAGACAUGGGAUGGUGAGGCCCACUCUGACAGUGGGUAGAGGGAGAAUUCUGCAGAAUUCUGAGCACAUCUGCAACCUGCACCAUGUAAGAAAGGCCAUCAUGCCACCAGGUGGCAGCAGAGGAUAGGAGAGAGGCGGGACGACGCGCAGCUGCAACUCUUCUCAGGCCAACCUCAGCUGAAUGAACUGCCUCCAAACUUCAGACCUCCUGUGGCUCUGCGUCCUCCACCCUGAGAGGCCCCCACCCCUCUGACCUCACGUUCCCACGCUCCUCUCCUGCCUGUAGUAGUAGGGUGGUCUCAGCCUGAGCACAGACUAGGACAGGCAGCUCAUUAAGCAGAAGUGGAGGUCCCAACCACAGAGAUCUAGACCCAUCCCAGAAAUUUUCACAGCACCAUGGAGCCACCCAUGACCUUUGGCGCUCCUCCAUGUUAACUAGCACUAGGUUUACCCAGACCUGGAUUUAUUCCACUUACCCCAACAUGUUUGCCAACAGCCCCCUUAUGAUCCACUCAAGUUUGGCACUUCUUGGCACCUGGUGGAGCACAGUGACAUGCCCGGCCCAGUUGUCCUGCCAGAUCCUGUGAGGUAUGCCCCGCCUCUGGGCAAGAAGCCAUCUUCUACAGCAUAAAAGCCUGGUAUCCCCCAAGCAGUUCUUGUGACUGUCAUCAUGAAAGGGAGCAGCGCUCUUCUGCUGGUGGCUCUAACCGUGCUCUGCAUCUGUGGGCUGACUAGAGCAGAGGAUGACAAUGAGUUUUUCAUGGAAUUCCUGCAAACACUCCUGGUGGGGACCCCAGAAGAGCUCUAUGAAGGGCCCCUGGGCAAGUACAAUGUCAAUGACAUGGCCAAGGCAGCGCUGACAGAGCUCAAGUCCUGCAUUGAUGAACUGCAGCCGGUGCAUAAGGAGCAACUGGUCAAGCUGCUGGUAAUCGGGCUGGGACUCCCAUCCCCAAACGUCUGCAGCUCUUUCCAUACCCACCCAUGCAUGAUACCUGAUCACCAGGCCUCCCUGAUCCCUAGAUCUCCAUCAGGAGGCAGAGGUGGAGACCUCACAGAGAAGUUUCCAACAUCUCUUGGAACUGCUCUCCCACUCCAAGAACUAUGUCCCACUUAGGGAGUGCAUGUGCACACAAUCCCUCCCCAAGGUGCUAGGAGGGGUAGACCACAGUGCGCAGGAACCUGUCUACUCCGCUGGUGUGCACAGCCCUGUCUGCCUCUGGGACUGGGGGCUCUGGUUGUUGGUUACCAGCUCUCCUGGUCCCCACACAUUUCUCUUUCAGGUGCAAGUGCUAGAUGCUCAAGAGGACACAUAAGCAGCCCCGAAACAUGGCUUGACCUCUGCGAGCAAUAGGACCAGCCGUACACGUGGCCAUGGAUGUGCUAAGACCAGUGCUUCUUCACCAGUAAAUUCACCCUCGAACUGUUAAAUCAAUAAAGUCUAAUGCAGUCCA